UGCCAUUACCUGAGCGGGCAUUGCUGGCCCGCGGGACAACACCUUCCGGUGAUAUUUGGUGUGUCCUUUGGGAGGAAACAGCGGCGACAAAGAGCGACCGCCAGAAGAAGCUGGUUUUUGCACCGCAUUGGUCGUGUGCCUUUGACCAGACUUGCGCUCCUACGCAUCAAGAAAACCCUUGGGAGACAUCACUCCAAGGAUCAGCACAGCAGACGUAUCAAGCCACUGCGUACAGAGACGCAUGGCCGACAACGCGUCGCUUCGAUUGGGAACAAUGGGAGGAGUGGGAAGCCGACGACAAUUCUUGGAAAUCCCAGCAAUCAGAAGGAAAAGGUGCUGGAAGCCUCAGCACAUCGCCUUUUGCACCGCUGGCUCCGGAGAUGCCUGCUUGGACAAGCACCGAAGCAUCCACUGGAAGCAAUACGCCUUUUGCCACAUCGACUUUCAAUCCCAAUACUGCAGAGCAGCUUGCACAGAAGAAAGAAUGUGUAGCUGCAUUACGUGCAGCAUAUCCAGAUGGAAAUGCGAUUCCAUCAGAGACAAAAGACCUGAUCGACAAGAUGGACAAGGACAUCGAAAAGAUCGAAAAGGACAACAACAAGUUUGCGCAGAAAGCCUUAACCGAGACCUUGGAAGCCAAGAAAGCUCACAGAACCAGGUGGAUCAAACACAUCACCGAGGCUGUGACGACCUGGCAGGAACAACUGAAGGAAUACCAGAAGCAACAGGCAUCCCUUCAGGAAGUCAUCACCAAAGCCAAGGAGGAUAUCGAACUGGCGAGAUCAGCGAUUCAGACGCUCUCAUCCACAGCUUCACAGGCAAUGUUGGCAUCAAUGCCACCCAUCACACCUGUGACAGCCGAGCAGGAAGAUGGAGCCACAGACGCCGACAAAGAGGAAGAGACGCUGCAGGGGCAACUUCAGACAGUCCUUCAAGAUUGUGCAGCGGUGUUGAGCAGAGAGUGCACAACACCCACAUUAGAUGGGGAGGAUAUGGCUAUGGACGAUGCAGAGCGAGACAAAAAGGAAUUGCUGCUCCGAGAAGAGCCGGCCUUAUUACUGUCCUACGAAGAGAUGACAGAGAUGCACGAGCGUCAUAUGCUGAGGAAGAUGAAUCAGACGUACCCUCGCCUAGCCUUGCAAACAGCAGUCAAUCUGGUGAUAUUCAUUGCAGUGUGCAUAUCCAUCGACUUGGACAUCAACAAAGUCAUGGAAGGAACUGUGCCAAGAGCGCCACCAGUGCAGCAAAUUGAGCAUGGUGCGUACCUCCGAAUCAUUGUUCCACCACCAUUGGACAACACAUGGGACAUUGCACAUGCUCUCCGAAUUUUCCAUGAAGCCUAUGAUCUUUUUGAGCCGACAGCUGCUGGACGCAUUGCCGUGGUCACGAUUCAGCCGGAAACUGACUUCAGCGCAGAAGUUUUGGAGAGUGAAGAUGAUUACAGCAAUCUUCUGCAGUACAAAUCUAAAGUUUCGGAGUUUUGCUUGGAACCGAAGUUCCCAACUAUUGUACAGCCAGAUACCUGUAAAGGCACUGACUUGCAAGAGGAUAUCGAUGUCCCAAUGACUUCAAGCCACCCGACCACCCGACUAAGUAGACGACCACGGCCGCUACAUGAUGGAACUGAACAGUGGUUUUGGGAUCUUGGUCAAUUUUUUUCUGCGGAGGCUGUCCAAGAAGUUUUUGAUGGUGACUCGUAUCUUUAUCUGCAGACUUGGUAUGUGGAUCAUCGACAUUACAUUCAUUGCAGACAGCCAAGACCUCUCAGAUUGGAUCAGUGUGCAGUUGCGUGGCUGGAAGAAUUCCGGUACUUGUGGCGGGACUUACUUGAUCCCACAACUCCUUUUUCAGUCUUUGUCAUUCGUCCACGGCCACCACAGGGGCGUUAUCAGGACUACAGUUGCCAUGUCCUCAUUGAGCAAAAUCGACCACAGGGCAAAUCUGCAGGUGUUCUGACUACUGUACUCCCUGGUUCCAGAGAGAAUGACAUCGUUCAAGGAGCAUACAGUGUGCCACGAUUUGUCCGAAUUGAUGACCUCAUCGAAACUAUGAGCCUUCAACCAUAUUGUGAUGGUAACCGUUGCACAGCCUUUUACCAUUUUGAACCCAUCCAUUUGGUUCAAGCCACUGAAUUAGCCACAGGUUUCAGCAUCAAGAUUCAGGUCACUCAGACACAGUUGCAACUGCCAAUCUCACCGCAAUCACAGCCGAGUGAUUUUGAUGAAUCUUUUUUGAUGCAACGACCGGAUUCAAAUGCUCCCCAAGAAGUUGGCGAGGUCUCACCGAGACCGGCAACUGAGCCAGCCUGUCCAACAUUCCAAUUUGAUCCCAAUGCAGCUGUUUUCACGCCUGAACUCCCAGAUUUAGCCAGCAUGAACGAGUUUAUUCAAGACCUGCAUGCACUUUGGUCGCGAGCUAGCUUUUCGUGGGAGCGUGAACCGCCCACUGCGGAAUUCAUUUCAUGGUUUGUUGACCACAGAGAGAUGUAUCCAACGGAUGACGCACCAGGAAGCAUCACUUUCCUUGGAUGGCAGGCACAGCAGAUCAUGUAUGAGCAUCAAAAUCGGGCAUUCACAGGCACUGACCAGAUUGGAGCCGAGUUUGCCGAGAGAGAAGCCUUAAUCUUUGCUGGACUUUGGCGACUUGCUCUCAAUUCGACUAUUCCAACAAUUUUCAGAACUGAUUCCAGCACGACUGCAGACCAAUCAAUGGGCAGAGCGGGGUUUGCUGCAACACACCCAACCAUCGCCCUUUUGAGAGGAAUUUUUCAAGCACUUACAGCUGGCAUGCGAUACUCAGAGCUCGAGGUUUCACAUGUGAAAGGACACGCGGGUGACGUGUGGAACGAACUAGCUGACUUUCUUGCCAAAAGUGAAGCCGCCAAUGGUCAUCGUUUGCAUCGACAAUCGAUCAACCUAUUGGAGCUCCAAUCCAUCAUGCCAUAUCUCUGGAUGUUCCUUGACAGUAAUUCCGGAUUGCCGUCACUGACACGACAUGGUUUUGAUGUGAGCCCACCGAAUCUGCCAGCCGCUGACAAAUCUGAAACAGUUCAGCAAGAUCCUCAAGGUCUAUCCCAAUGUCAAGAUGUGAAUCUCAGCGUUGCGUCUUUGAAUGUGGGUUCGCUAUUCCUCUCGCCUGAUGGUUUCAGUGGAAAAUUGACCUACCUUAGACAGCAGAUGAAUGCACAUGCAAUUCACAUCAUGGGCAUACAAGAGGCCAGAAGCCCUCCUGGAGUAAGUACUGCCGACGACUCGACGACAUUCUCCGGAUUUCGGGUGGGUCUGACAAUCGCAACCUGGGUGUUGCCGGGUGACAGCUUUGCUGAUGUCGUGUUUGGUCUGUUGUGGGCCAAACUCCUCCGAAAAUUAGAGGAUUCGACUCAGGGAGUUUUGGCGGUGUCACUGAGAAAUUUCAUUCGUACUUAUCCGAUCAGCUGGACAAAAUGUAGGAAGACACUUGCAGCAUUUUGUCAGCAAUUCACCGAAGAAGAUGCAGCAGUCCUUAACUGGUCAUUUCCUGUUGUUGUCCACUGCAUGACACAGAUGCAGCAGGAGAAGUAUUGGGACUUUUUGCAUAACGAUCAAGCAGCAGUCAUCCUCCACAAGCCUGCCACAAUUUGUGAAUGGGAAAAGUGGUGUGCGGAUCUUGCGGAUCAACCACCACCUGAAUGGACCCAAUGGACUCCCCAACCGCAGUCACUCACCAGACAGAAAAUCCUUUUGCAUGCCUUUGCAGGAAGGAGACGACGAGGUGACAUUGAAUGGUAUUUGGAUUUGCUCUCACAGCAGCUUGAGGGCUGCGUCAUACUGACUGUAUCCAUUGACAUCGUCAUCGACUCAGUUCAUGGUGAUAUUGCCAAAGAGGAGACAAGAGUGAUGUGGUUACACCACAUUAGACAGGGCCAUGUGGCAGGAUUCAUUGCGGGUCCACCAUGCAAUACAUGGAGUCGUGUGCGAGCAGUGCAACUGGCUGGCAAUAAAGGACCUCGAGUCAUCCGUACACCUGACGCACCUUGGGGUUUGAACGAGUUGCGUUUGGGUGAACUCCAUCAGGUGACCAUUGGUACAAUUUUGCUGGGUUUUGCAUUUGAAUGUAUGCUGGCCAUGGCCAUGUACAGUGGAUCUGGAUUGCUUGAACAUCCGAAAGACAGCGAAGAUGAAUCAACAGUUAGCAUAUGGAGGUUGCC